CGUCGUAUCUAUCUAUCUUCUUGGUGUUUAACGUUUGCUUCCACAUAAGUGAUAUCGCAGACAAGACAUAGGAGAGCCGAAGCUGAUUCCUGUUUUUUAGAAUAUGAUUUUGCAAUCUUUCCAUUUGGCCUUAGGCCAUGGAUUUGGUUUAGUGGGAAGUUAGGGUAGGUCUCUUUCGCGCAUGCAAUCAUAAACGACCAGUCGGACUUCCUUGCACUUUGCAGUACAGUAUAUGGUGCAAGCAGCUCAGGUUAACAUUGAGAGAAACAUGUCACAAACAGAGGAAUUUGUGCCAGUAUGGCAGCAAUAUAACCCAGAAUCACAACUUCCAGAUCCGGUGCCAUUAGCAGUUAAAGGCACCAUACCAAGUUGGGUGAAGGGAUCCUUGUACAGAAACGGUUCUGGAGUUUUUCAGAUUGGCGACAGUAAAAUGAAACAUUUAUUUGAUGGAAUGGCUGUACUUCUACGAUUCAUAAUAGAAAACGGAGAAGUAAAGUUUCAAAGUAAAAUAUUGAACAGUGAAUCAUGGGAAGCCUGCUAUAAAGCUAAUCGCUUGGUUGUGAACCAGUUCGGAACAAAUGCUCUACCUGAUCCUUGCAAGAGCAUUUUCUCCAGGUUUUUUUCCCUUUUUACGUCAGAGUCACCAACAGACAAUACAUCUGUUAAUAUUAUAGAGAGAGGCGAUCAGCUGUGGGCCCUGACAGAAACACAAAAAAUGAAUCGUGUAGAUCCACAAACUUUAUCUAAAAUAGAUCAGGCUGAUUUAGGUAAAUAUGUGACCGUACAUCUGUCAACUGCUCAUCCACAUCUGGAAAAAGAUGGCUCUAUCUACAACCUAGCAACCAACUUUGACCCGAAAGCAGCGUACAACAUUGUACAGAUACCCGCUAAAUCUGACGGGGAUCUUGAUUUCGAGAAUUCAAAAAUUGUGGCGUCUGCUCCAUCCAGAUGGAAAUGGAAUAUCAGCUAUAAUCAUAGUUUUGGGAUGUCAGAGAAUUAUUUCGUUAUUUUGGAGCAGCCAUUUGUGUACAGCAUUGGGCGUCUGAUAUUUAGAAAAUUUACAAAUUCAACUAUUGAGGAUUGCUUAGUCAGUUAUCCCGAAGAACAGUCAGUGUUCCAUAUUAUUAGAAAGGAUGGAAAGGAGAUAAAUGUCAAAUACGUUACGGAUCCAUUUUUUGUGUUUCAUUACGUGAAUUGUUACGAAGAAGAUGGCCAACUUGUCAUUGAUCUUGUGUGGUAUAAAGAUGUGGAUUCCGUGAAUAAACUUUAUGUGGAAAGUCUUCAAGGAAAUGCUAUUUUGCAGCUAGGUUAUGCCCCAUUAUUUGCUAGAUUCGUUGUUCCCUUGGAUGUCACCAAGGCGGAAGUAAACAAGAAUCUCAUCACUCUUGAUACAAAAGCUACAGCAGUUUUACAAAAUGAUGGAAGUAUUUUUUGUACGCCUGACCUUUACAAUAAAGAUUCAGAUGGGAUUAUAAUGGAGUUACCACAGAUAAAUUAUAAAACAUACAAUGGAAAGAAAUAUCGAUAUAUCUAUGCCUCCCCCAUAUUAACCAAGAAAAACAGAAUAUUGAAGGUUGAUUUAAAAACAAGAAAAUUUAUUGAAUGUACGGAUAUUGAUGUGAACCAUCUACCAGGAGAACCAAUAUUUUUACCAAAACCUGGUUCAACUAGAGAAGAUGAAGGUGUUCUACUGACCCCAAUCAUCGCCAACAAACCUGGAACAGAAUCCUAUUUACUUAUUCUGGAUGCAGAAACCAUGACAGAAUUAGCUCGUGCUACUUUACCAGCAAAAGAAAUCAUGACAUUAACUUUUCAUGGUUUCUUCAAACCCAUGUAGUUUCCAUGGUUACUUCAUACUUCAAACCUAUGUAGUUAGUAAAUACAAGCAAAAAAAAUCGUUCUCCAGCAUCAUUUAUAUACGUCCAAGGUCCACAUUCAUAAAGUGGACAUAAUUAUGUUGUCGCCGCUAUCUGUGUGUAUGUAUGUGUGACUGUGGGUCCCCUAUAGGGCGCAAUUCUUAAUGGAUUGUCUUCAAACUUUGGAUUGCUCUAAUAAACGGUGCCCUAGUAAAGGUGGUUUCUCUUAGUCAAAGUGCUGAAAGGUUCAAAUAUAGUCACAACGGUAAAUUUAUUGAUAAAUGUGAAUCUUGCCCUGAAGCUUUUGUUAAUAUUUUUUAAAGAUAUUUAAAGAGAGAGAAUACCUGGCCUUGAGUUCACAAAACGUUCUCAGACUUAAGAAUUAACUAAAAAUUGUUCGCCUUAUAUAGCCCUUUAUAAAACUUUUGUUGUUUUAGUGUAUCAAAUACAUUAAUAAGAAACUAUGUGCAAAGUUUUGUGUUUCUGAAUCAAAGAUAUUUCUCAUAAACAGUGAUUGAAAGUUGAGUAAAUUCUGAAGUCUGAGAAUUUAAACAUCCACGUAUAACACUCCUCCAUAUAUUCUUUUAAAAAACAACUUAAAACACAUUUAUUUAAUCAAGCUUUUAACUGACUGUGUAUGCAACUGUUAACAUGUCCAUAAUCUUGUUGUUUAUUUAUGAUUACAUUGUCACUUUGUAAAGUGCCCCUGAACAUGUUAUAUGAAAGGCCGCACUAUAAAUAUGUUGCAAAACAAUAAUAAUAAAAUGGCGUUUAAAUUGA